GCGCCUUCCAUGCAUGCGCCUCCCGUUGUACUCCCAUCCCGGGCGUGGGCGCCGCGCCUUAUUAGGCCGGCGUGUCGCGACGGUCGGCCUCCCACCGCCCUGCUUGUUCUCCUUCGCCUACUUCCUAAAGACAACAAGGGCUUCCGUUCGCGGCGCCGGGGCAGACAAUAGGACGUGCCCUUAAAUACGCGGCCGACACCACAUUCCUUCACCUAUCCUCCCUCUCUUUUGCUUUGCGCGAGUGCAUAGCAUCGUGCUGUACCCCCUUCCUCAUUGUCCCUCGCAUUCAAGUCCUGAUUGCCUUCCGAGUCCGCUAUGUUCGCCACUGAGGUUAUGUCCGAUCCCGUCAAGGGCGGCGUCGGGUUCCUGCUUGACGUCGCACUCUGGCGGGAGUCCUCUGCGGAGACGUCGAGCCUGGCCUCGUUCCCUUCGACCUUCCCCGGCGGCUCGUCCGUGUCCUCGGGCACCCCGUCGCCCGCGCCGCCAUCGCCCGCGCCUACCCCGCGCCUCCGAUCACAUGCGCCCCGCCGAUCACCAUCCCCGACCCGUCGAGCCGACGGCCCCCGCACGCGCUCGCGCCGCCUGGCGGACGCCUCCCAGAGCCAGCGCGUAUCAGUGAAGGGGAGGCCGCGGUGCACGGGGUCCAGCUUGCGCGCCGAGCCCGACGCCCAGCAGGCCGCGCUGCGCGAUCAGCUGCUCGAGGGCGCGCAGGCCAUCAGCGCGGUGAGCAACUCGCCCGUGAACACGCUGCAGAGCAACGUCCUCGAGCUCGUCUUCUCGACGUACACGCCGUACGCGCACCCGCCGUGGAUCGCGGCGCUCGCGCUCGUGCUUGGCCGGGAGUACGCCCAAAUCAAGGUCUGGUUCAACAAUAACCGCCAGCAGCGCACGCCGAAGGGCAAGCCCCGCCGCGUCGAGAAGGUCCUCCCCUCACACGCGCGGCACCCAAGCGACGUGAUCAAGGCGUACGCCGAGCGCGCGGAGGAGGUCGCGCGCAUGACGCUCGAGGACUUCAUCGAGAUCGUCACCGCGGAACGCGACCGCCAGAUGGCGCUCCUCGACGAGGAGGAGGCAUGCAAGAAGGCCGUCAUGCGCCGCGAGGACGGCGGGAACCGCCCGUCGAAGAAGCGCGUGCGCCGCUGCUGAGCGCUGGGUGCUGGCGGGCUCUGAUCCUCUGAGCACCGGGCAGGCACCUGCGCUCGGACCUCGUGUAGCGGGUAACGAGCUCCAUUCCGCGGCGCUUCUAGGCUGGACUUGCGCGCCAAUCUUUCCCAUCGUUGCCCCUUCCCAUGCUUCGCCUCCUCGAACUUCCCACACUAUUCACCAGUCCUGUUGUCAGCUUGCUUUCCCCGGUUACGUGUUUCUUUAUCGCUUAUUGUAUGCUCAUUUCGGCCGUUCGCCGUCGACCUAAUCCGUGUAGCCACCACCCUGACCUGAUACCGACUCUGACUCUUCGCAUCGCCUCACCAUCCCCAUCAUCAUUUCCGUCUCGCAUACCCAGCCAUUCCGGACGCUUAUUGUAGCCCAUACUUAUUGUAGUCGUUCCCGUGCGCGGUCUUUCCGCGAUUCAAUGCCAGAAGCAUCCUUGAAGCAUCA